AUGUUGGGAAUCGACCAUCCUAUCCUCCUGGCCGGCAUGAACGUCGCUGCAGGUCCAGCGUUGGCAGCUGCUGUAACGAAUGCAGGUGGCCUCGGUGUGAUUGGUGGUGUUGGUUACACACCCAAAGUUCUUAGAAACCAGAUCAAAGAGCUGAAGAAAGACCUCAAAAAUCCCAAUGCUCCCUUCGGAGUCGACUUGCUCCUUCCCCAGGUCGGCGGCAAUGCACGCAAAACUAACUACGAUUACACAAAGGGCCAACUGCCAGAGCUCAUUGACGUCAUUAUCGAAGAAAAGGCGGCACUUUUUGUUAGUGCCGUCGGCGUUCCUCCCAAGGAAGUUGUAGAUAAAUUGCACAAGGCUGGCAUUCCGGUCAUGAAUAUGGUCGGACAUACCAAGCACAUUCCGCGAGCACUUGACGUCGGUGUUGACAUUAUCUGCGCACAAGGCGGAGAAGGAGGUGGACACACUGGCGAUAUCGCCUCAUCGAUUCUUAUUCCGGCGUGUGUGGAUGCUGUCAAAGGUCGAAAGUCACCAUUGACCGGUGGGCCAGUCUACGUCGUUGCUGCAGGUGGUAUAUACGAUGGCCGUGGAUUAGCCGCAAACUUGAUGUAUGGAGCACAAGCUGUAUGGGUAGGCACCCGUUUCGUCGCAUCGAAGGAAGCUGGUGCGCCCCCUAAGCACAAGGAACUGGUUGUGGCCGCUGGUCAUGAGGAUAUCACUCGCACACUUAUUUACACUGGACGCCCAUUGCGUGUAUACAAGACACCAUAUGUUGCUGACUGGGAAGAGAACCGACGCGAGGAGAUUAAGGAGCUUACGUCCAAAGGAAUCCUUCCGGCUGAGCAUGACCUGGAAAAGAACCCAGGAAAAUCGCUUGAGGCCCGUACGUUCCUGAUGGGCAGUGACGUUCUUCCUGCCAAGACUAUCAUUGACAACAUGGUCAAGGAAGCUGUAGAAAGGCUCCAGGCUGGAAAUACGUUGCUCGUUAGCAAGGCAAAAUUAUAA